GCCAGCGGCGGCGGCGGCUGAGGAGCUGAGCGGCGGCCGGGCGCGCGGGGGGACGCGGGCUGCACCCCGGCAGACGCUCUGCAAUGAGACAGUAAAUGCAUCCCCCGAUUUGUACUUGCUGAGAGGGAGCCGUGGCCCCAGGAGGUUAACUCUGCUGCCAAGUGACAGCGUGUGGGUGCCCGAGCUUGUCCUCCGCGUGCCUCCAAAUGCCCUUUGGAUUCCGUAGGUGAUGGAUGCACUGGGACACUCGAGCGCACCACGAUAGGGUAACAUCUGGACUGGACUCCCGGCCCCUUGACGCUUGGCUGCCCACACGUUCCAGAUCAACUUGUUGAAAACCGAGUUGCUGCCGGAGACUUGUCAGGCACUGCAGGAUCUCCUCAGGGAAGUCAGCUCUACAGAAACUGAACAUUUAGGCAUUUCCAGUGAGACCCUUCAAAGCAUCUGGGAAAAUGGUGGCCCUGUCCUUGAAGAUCUGCGUCCGCCACUGCAACGUGGUGAAGACCAUGCAGUUUGAACCGUCCACAGCCGUGUACGACGCCUGUCGGGUCAUUCGGGAACGGGUCCCCGAGGCCCAGACGGGGCAAGCUUCCGACUAUGGGCUGUUUCUUUCGGAUGAAGAUCCCAGGAAAGGGAUCUGGCUGGAAGCAGGCAGAACACUGGAUUACUACAUGCUGCGAAAUGGGGACAUUUUGGAAUACAAAAAGAAACAGAGGCCUCAGAAGAUCCGGAUGCUGGAUGGCUCUGUGAAGACGGUGAUGGUGGACGACUCCAAGACCGUGGGAGAGCUCCUCGUGACCAUCUGCAGCAGGAUAGGAAUAACGAAUUAUGAAGAAUACUCUUUAAUCCAAGAAACUAUCGAAGAAAAGAAGGAGGAAGGAACGGGCACACUCAAGAAAGACAGGACGUUGUUGCGAGAUGAGAGGAAGAUGGAGAAGCUGAAGGCCAAGCUCCACACGGACGAUGACCUAAAUUGGCUGGAUCACAGCCGAACGUUCCGAGAACAAGGAGUAGAUGAAAGCGAGACGUUACUGCUCAGGCGGAAGUUCUUCUACUCCGAUCAGAACGUGGACUCCAGAGACCCUGUGCAGCUGAACCUGCUUUAUGUCCAGGCCCGGGAUGACAUCUUGAAUGGUUCCCACCCGGUGUCCUUUGAGAAAGCCUGCGAGUUUGGCGGGUUUCAAGCCCAGAUACAGUUUGGACCUCAUGUGGAGCAUAAGCACAAGCCCGGAUUCUUAGAUCUAAAGGAAUUCCUGCCCAAAGAAUACAUCAAGCAGAGAGGAGCUGAGAAGAGAAUAUUUCAGGAGCACAAGAACUGUGGAGAGAUGAGCGAAAUAGAAGCCAAGGUCCAGUACGUGAAGCUGGCCCGGUCCCUGCGGACGUACGGCGUGUCCUUUUUCCUAGUCAAGGAAAAGAUGAAAGGCAAGAACAAGCUGGUUCCCCGCCUGCUGGGGGUCACCAAGGACUCAGUGAUGCGUGUGGAUGAGAAGACCAAGGAGGUGCUGCAGGAGUGGCCACUCACCACGGUCAAGCGCUGGGCGGCCUCACCCAAGAGCUUCACACUGGAUUUUGGGGAGUAUCAGGAAAGCUACUACUCAGUCCAGACCACCGAGGGAGAGCAGAUAUCCCAGCUGAUCGCAGGAUACAUCGACAUCAUCCUCAAAAAGAAACAAAGCAAAGAUAGAUUUGGACUAGAAGGUGAUGAGGAGUCAACUAUGUUAGAAGAAUCAGUCUCCCCAAAAAAGUCCACCAUCUUGCAGCAGCAGUUCAACCGGACAGGCAAGGCGGAGCACGGCUCCGUGGCGCUCCCGGCUGUGAUGCGCUCAGGCUCCAGCGGGCCGGAGACCUUCAACGUGGGCAGCAUGCCCUCACCGCAGCAACAGGUUAUGGUUGCGCAGAUGCAUCGAGGCCACAUGCCCCCGCUGACCUCUGCCCAGCAGGCUCUGAUGGGGACCAUCAACACCAGCAUGCACGCUGUUCAGCAGGCCCAGGACGACCUCAGCGAGCUCGACUCGCUGCCACCGCUCGGCCAAGAUAUGGCGUCGAGGGUGUGGGUUCAGAACAAAGUGGAUGAAUCCAAACACGAAAUCCAUUCUCAAGUUGAUGCUAUUACAGCUGGAACAGCUUCAGUCGUUAACCUCACGGCUGGUGACCCCGCAGACACUGACUACACGGCCGUGGGCUGCGCCAUCACCACUAUUUCUUCCAACCUGACGGAGAUGUCCAAGGGUGUAAAGCUCUUGGCGGCCCUCAUGGAUGAUGAGGUGGGCAGCGGGGAGGACUUGCUCAGAGCUGCGAGGACCCUUGCUGGGGCCGUGUCUGACUUGCUGAAAGCUGUGCAGCCCACUUCUGCAGAGCCUCGACAGACGGUUCUGACUGCUGCCGGGAGCAUCGGACAAGCCAGCGGGGAUCUCCUGAGGCAGAUCGGCGAGAUCGAGACUGAUGACCGAUUCCAAGAUGUUUUAAUGAGUUUGGCCAAAGCGGUUGCCAAUGCUGCUGCCAUGCUGGUGCUAAAGGCCAAGAAUGUUGCCCAAGUGGCCGAAGACACCGUCCUGCAGAACAGGGUGAUCGCUGCCGCCACCCAAUGUGCCCUUUCCACCUCCCAGCUUGUGGCUUGCGCCAAGGUCGUGAGCCCCACCAUCAGCUCCCCGGUGUGCCAGGAGCAGCUCAUCGAAGCGGGCAAGCUCGUGGACCGCUCGGUGGAGAACUGCGUCCGCGCCUGCCAGGCGGCCACCGCCGACGCCGAGCUGCUGAAGCAGGUCAGCGCGGCAGCCAGUGUGGUCAGCCAGGCUCUGCACGACCUCCUGCAGCACGUGCGGCAGUUCGCUAGCCGAGGCGAGCCCAUUGGCCGCUACGACCAGGCCACCGACACCAUCAUGUGCGUCACCGAGAGCAUCUUCAGCUCCAUGGGCGAUGCUGGCGAGAUGGUGCGCCAGGCCCGAGUCCUGGCCCAGGCCACUUCUGACCUCGUCAAUGCCAUGAGAUCAGACGCAGAGGCUGAAAUCGACAUGGAGAACUCUAAGAAGCUGCUGGCGGCAGCCAAGCUCCUGGCCGACUCCACUGCCCGCAUGGUGGAGGCAGCGAAGGGGGCUGCAGCCAACCCAGACAACGAAGAUCAGCAGCACAGGCUGAGAGAAGCCGCAGAAGGUCUCCGGGUAGCAACCAACGCUGCAGCCCAGAAUGCUAUUAAGAAGAAAAUCGUCAACCGGCUGGAGGUUGCAGCCAAGCAGGCAGCGGCGGCAGCUACACAGACCAUCGCUGCCUCUCAGAACGCAGCCAUUUCCAACAAGAACCCUGCGGCCCAGCAACAGCUGGUGCAGAGCUGUAAGGCGGUGGCGGAUCACAUUCCUCAGCUAGUCCAGGGGGUGCGAGGAAGCCAAGCGCAGGCCGAGGACCUCAGCGCGCAGCUGGCUCUCAUCAUCUCCAGCCAGAACUUUCUCCAGCCGGGAAGCAAGAUGGUGUCCUCAGCCAAGGCCGCGGUACCCACUGUGAGUGACCAAGCCGCAGCCAUGCAGCUGAGCCAGUGCGCCAAGAACCUAGCGACCAGCCUGGCUGAGCUGCGCACGGCCUCACAGAAGGCCCACGAAGCCUGUGGUCCUAUGGAGAUCGACUCAGCUCUGAACACCGUGCAGACGCUGAAGAGUGAGCUGCAGGAUGCCAAGAUGGCAGCCGUGGAAAGUCAGCUGAAACCACUUCCGGGGGAAACGCUGGAGAAAUGCGCCCAAGACCUGGGAAGCACCUCGAAAGCAGUGGGCUCCUCCAUGGCGCAGCUCCUCACCUGCGCCGCCCAAGGCAACGAGCACUACACAGGAGUUGCUGCUAGGGAGACAGCUCAAGCCCUGAAGACUCUGGCCCAGGCUGCCCGGGGGGUAGCCGCAUCCACAGGCGACCCCACGGCUGCCCACGCCAUGCUGGACUCUGCCCGGGACGUGAUGGAGGGCUCUGCCUUGCUCAUCCAGGAAGCCAAGCAGGCCCUGAUUGCCCCGGGGGAUGCAGAGAGUCAACAGAGGCUGGCCCAGGUGGCCAAAGCCGUCUCACACUCCUUGAAUAACUGUGUGAAUUGCCUCCCUGGGCAGAAGGACGUGGAUGUGGCCUUGAAGAGCAUCGGGGAGUCCAGCAAGAAGCUGCUGGUGGACUCGCUACCUCCGAGCACGAAGCCCUUCCAGGAAGCCCAGAGCGAGCUGAACCAGGCAGCGGCCGAUCUGAACCAGUCUGCUGGGGAAGUUGUCCACGCCACCCGGGGCCAGAGCGGAGAGCUGGCUGCAGCCUCGGGAAAAUUCAGUGAUGAUUUUGAUGAGUUCCUUGACGCUGGCAUCGAGAUGGCUGGCCAGGCGCAGACGAAGGAAGACCAGAUCCAGGUGAUAGGCAAUCUCAAGAACAUCUCCAUGGCAUCCAGCAAGCUGCUGUUAGCUGCCAAGUCUCUCUCCGUAGAUCCAGGAGCGCCUAAUGCAAAAAACCUUCUGGCUGCAGCGGCGAGGGCAGUGACCGAGAGCAUCAACCAGCUGAUCACGCUGUGCACCCAGCAGGCCCCAGGCCAGAAGGAGUGUGACAACGCCCUGCGGGAACUCGAGACUGUCAAGGGGAUGUUGGACAACCCUAAUGAGCCUGUUAGUGACCUGUCUUACUUUGACUGCAUCGAGAGCGUGAUGGAAAACUCCAAGGUUCUAGGCGAGUCGAUGGCAGGCAUUUCACAGAAUGCCAAGACCGGCGACCUCCCUGGCUUUGGGGAGUGUGUGGGGAUUGCGUCCAAGGCUCUGUGUGGACUCACAGAGGCCGCAGCCCAGGCAGCAUACCUGGUUGGCAUCUCUGAUCCUAACAGCCAGGCAGGCCACCAGGGCCUGGUCGACCCCAUCCAGUUUGCCAGGGCAAACCAGGCAAUCCAGAUGGCAUGCCAGAACCUGGUGGAUCCCGGCAGCAGUCCAUCGCAGGUCCUGUCAGCCGCCACGAUCGUGGCCAAACACACCUCGGCCCUGUGCAAUGCCUGCCGCAUAGCCUCGUCCAAGACGGCCAACCCCGUGGCCAAGAGGCACUUUGUCCAGUCAGCCAAGGAGGUCGCCAACAGCACCGCCAACCUGGUGAAGACCAUCAAGGCCCUGGAUGGGGAUUUUUCUGAAGAAAACCGCAAUAAAUGUCGCAUUGCCACUGCACCCUUGAUUGAAGCCGUGGAGAAUCUGACAGCGUUCGCAUCAAACCCGGAAUUCGUCAGCAUUCCUGCCCAGAUCAGCUCGGAGGGCUCCCAGGCCCAGGAGCCGAUCCUGGUCUCUGCGAAGACCAUGCUGGAGAGCUCCUCAGACCUCAUCCGCACCGCGCGCGCUCUGGCCAUCAACCCCAAGGACCCGCCCACCUGGUCUGUGCUGGCCGGACACUCGCACACUGUGUCUGACUCCAUUAAGAGCCUCAUCACAUCCAUCAGGGACAAGGCCCCUGGGCAGAGAGAAUGUGACCACUCUAUUGAUGGCAUCAACCGGUGCAUCCGGGACAUUGAGCAGGCCUCGUUGGCAGCUGUCAGCCAGAGCUUGGCCACAAGGGACGACAUCUCUGUGGAGGCCCUGCAGGAACAGCUGACUUCAGUGGUCCAGGAGAUCGGGCAUCUUAUCGAUCCUAUCACCACGGCAGCUCGGGGAGAAGCAGCUCAGCUGGGACAUAAGGUGACACAACUGGCGAGCUACUUCGAGCCCUUGAUCUUAGCAGCAGUAGGGGUUGCCUCCAAGAUUCUGGACCAUCAGCAGCAGAUGACAGUCCUGGACCAGACGAAGACUCUCGCGGAGUCUGCCCUGCAGAUGCUGUAUGCAGCCAAAGAAGGUGGCGGAAACCCCAAGGCGCAGCACACUCACGACGCCAUCACAGAGGCUGCGCAGCUGAUGAAGGAGGCCGUGGACGACAUCAUGGUGACACUGAACGAAGCCGCGAGUGAAGUGGGGCUGGUGGGGGGCAUGGUGGACGCCAUCGCCGAGGCCAUGAGCAAGCUGGAUGAAGGCACCCCUCCAGAACCAAAGGGAACGUUUGUUGACUACCAGACAACUGUGGUUAAAUACUCCAAGGCUAUUGCUGUGACGGCUCAGGAAAUGAUGACUAAGUCGGUUACUAACCCGGAGGAUCUGGGAGGACUGGCUUCACAAAUGACCAGUGACUAUGGGCAGCUGGCUGUCCAGGGCCAGAUGGCAGCAGCCACAGCUGAACCAGAGGAGAUCGGCUUCCAGAUCCGCACGCGUGUGCAAGACCUGGGCCACGGCUGCAUCUUCCUGGUACAGAAGGCGGGCGCCCUGCAGGUGUGCCCCACAGACAGCUACACCAAGAGAGAGCUGAUCGAGUGUGCCCGCGCUGUCACGGAGAAGGUGUCCUUGGUGCUCUCAGCACUCCAAGCUGGAAACAAGGGAACCCAGGCAUGCAUCACAGCCGCCACCGCUGUGUCGGGGAUCAUCGCCGACCUGGACACCACCAUCAUGUUUGCGACAGCAGGGACGCUGAAUGCGGAGAACAGCGAGACCUUUGCGGACCACAGGGAGAAUAUCCUGAAGACGGCCAAGGCCCUGGUGGAAGACACAAAGCUGCUCGUGUCCGGGGCCGCGUCCACUCCAGACAAGCUGGCACAGGCGGCUCAGUCCUCGGCAGCCACCAUCACCCAGCUCGCCGAGGUGGUCAAGCUGGGGGCAGCCAGUCUAGGCUCUGAUGACCCUGAGACCCAGGUGGUGUUGAUUAACGCCAUCAAAGACGUGGCCAAGGCCCUCUCCGAUCUCAUUGGUGCUACCAAAGGAGCCGCCAGCAAGCCAGCCGAUGACCCUUCCAUGUACCAGCUCAAGGGGGCUGCCAAGGUGAUGGUGACAAAUGUCACCUCUCUUCUCAAGACCGUGAAGGCAGUGGAGGAUGAGGCCACCCGGGGCACAAGGGCCCUUGAGGCCACCAUUGAGUACAUAAAGCAGGAGCUGACGGUGUUCCAGUCAAAAGAGGUACCCGAAAAGACAGCAUCACCUGAAGAGUCGAUAAGGAUGACAAAAGGCAUCACCAUGGCAACAGCCAAAGCCGUGGCAGCCGGGAACUCGUGCAGACAGGAGGACGUGAUCGCUACUGCCAAUCUGAGCCGGAAGGCCGUAUCGGAUAUGUUGACAGCUUGCAAGCAAGCAUCCUUCCACCCUGACGUCAGUGACGAGGUGCGAACACGGGCCUUGCGGUACGGGACGGAGUGUACCCUGGGCUACCUGGACCUUCUGGAGCACGUGCUGGUGAUCCUUCAGAAACCGACCCCAGAGCUCAAGCAUCAGCUGGCUGCCUUCUCCAAGCGCGUUGCUGGCGCCGUCACCGAGCUCAUCCAAGCUGCAGAAGCGAUGAAAGGAACAGAGUGGGUGGACCCCGAAGACCCAACCGUCAUCGCAGAAACCGAGUUACUGGGGGCUGCAGCGUCCAUUGAGGCUGCUGCCAAGAAGUUGGAGCAGCUGAAGCCAAGAGCGAAACCCAAACAAGCAGAUGAGACCCUGGAUUUUGAAGAACAGAUCUUGGAAGCUGCUAAAUCCAUUGCUGCUGCCACAAGUGCCCUGGUCAAAUCUGCCUCCGCAGCCCAGAGGGAGCUGGUGGCCCAAGGAAAGGUGGGCUCCAUCCCUGCCAACGCUGCGGAUGACGGACAGUGGUCGCAGGGGCUGAUUUCUGCCGCCCGGAUGGUGGCGGCUGCAACCAGCAGUCUCUGCGAGGCUGCCAAUGCCUGUGUGCAGGGCCACGCCAGCGAGGAGAAGCUCAUCUCUUCUGCCAAGCAGGUCGCCGCUUCCACGGCUCAGCUGCUGGUGGCCUGCAAGGUGAAGGCCGACCAGGACUCAGAGGCCAUGAGGCGGCUACAGGCAGCAGGAAAUGCUGUGAAAAGAGCCUCAGACAAUCUUGUUCGUGCAGCCCAGAAGGCGGCAUUUGGCAAAACUGAUGAUGAUGAUGUUGUGGUGAAAACGAAGUUCGUGGGGGGCAUUGCUCAGAUCAUCGCCGCCCAGGAGGAAAUGCUAAAGAAAGAGCGAGAACUGGAAGAAGCGAGGAAGAAGCUGGCCCAGAUCCGCCAGCAGCAGUACAAGUUCCUGCCCACGGAGCUGCGGGAGGACGAGGGCUAGGGCCAGGCCGGGGUGGCGGCCCGGAGGUGGCUGUCUGGGCCGGACCGUGUUCCUGCACGGGCACAUCCCUGCGAGCUGCCUGCUACCCCGGGGCCACCCAGAGCCCGCUCGCCCCUCUGUCCCGUCGUCGGCACCGCUGCAUGAUUGUGCUGCCGCACGGUACAGUGUCCCCCCACAGCUCCGCCGCCACCCCGGUGCCUCACCGAUCUCAGGAGAGGGGCGCGCAUCUCGUGGACUGCUACCAAAAGAGAAGUCAGUAUUCCGUGGUUCGCGGGCGCUCUGCACUGGUCCUUCAGCAGCCGGCUCCAGGCACCUUUGGGAGACCUGCUCCGCAGAAAACGUGGCAGGGGGGAUCACGGCCGUCCCAGAUACUCGUGUUCUUCUCCCUCUCAUGAGAAGCAGAAGUUGGAGUUGGACGCAUAAAGAAAAGCCAGAAACGUGACCCCAGGUGGACUCGGGGGACGCAGGUCCCCAUGUGGGUCUCCAGCACUGGCUCUGCUAUGGGGCGAAGAAUCCCCACUCCCAUCUGCACGCUUUCUUGCCUCUGUGUGUAAGCUCCUUGUACAAUCUCAACCCAUCUUGUAUUCCGUGGCCCAGAAUAUCAAACGGUUAUUUUUCCCCCUCCAUAAUCCAAAGGGCAGAGUGGUGGGAGGCCGUCAGGGUGUGGCGCAUAGGGGCUGGAAUAAAACUCGUGGGCUCCUUACUCGCAGAGGCUGUUUCGGUUCCUCCGGAUUCCCGGGCGCAGACCCCUGUCCCUGUGUCCCGGGCGGCAGCAGCUGGGGCUCCACUGGGAGGAGACAACCUCACCUUCCAGGUCCACGUGGGGUUCCCUGCCCCAGGGUGGGUCAGAACUCAAGAUGGGAAGGCACCCCCUCCCAGAGGCCUCUUCUUCCGGCCAGUAGUAGUCCUCAGAUCCAGGUGCAUCCUGGAAUCCACGUGACCCUUUGGCAGGUCUUUCUGUCUGUAUCACACCAGUGACACAGCAUGUCUUCAGCAUCCUCGACCAGUGACCACAGGUCCAGAAUUCCUCUAUUUUUUUUUCCUCCUUUUUCCCUUUCAGAGACUCCUCUGGGAAGGGCAUUUUAUCUGGAAUUUAUCUUUAAUCUGAGCCUCUUCCCAGAGACAGUAUGUAGAGACUGAACGGCCCUUGGGAAGAGCUAGUGCAGGGCAUCUGUGAAGAGCGACAGGGAAGGGAGACAGGGCUUAGGGAGGCGCGUGCUUUUGGAGGACCCGGGCUGUCGACACAGGCAUUCUCCGCCUCUGUUGGGGUGUGGUACCAACACUCACGUUGGUAUGAGUUUUCACCUAAACCCUGGGGGUGGGGAGAGCGGAUGCCCCGGCCUUCCAGAGAUGUCGGCUUUCAGCCUUGCCUCAUGGUCCUGCUUUAAUGGCCCCUGCUCUAUACCGUGGUUUUAAGAUGCAAUUAAACUUUCACAGCUUCCCAUAUCUGAAAGAUACGUUUAAGUGCUGAACCUGUUAGAUUCGUGUAGCAAAGUAAGAGGAAAUAGCAUGUAGAUGGAAAGCGAGGGGGGAGACCGUGUGGGGCGGGGUACACACCCUCUGACCAAGGAGGGAGCUGGGGAGCCCUGGCAGACGCAGGAGGGGCAGCAGGCCACUUUCAGUGGAGUCACACACUCAGGACUGGGCUCGCCUAGGACUCUGGGAGCCCCGCAGCGCCUGCGCAGCCUCUUCUCUAGGCUCCAUGCAGGACAGCUGACCCCCUUCUCUGCCACCUGCCCCUGUCCCCUAUUGGCACUUCAGGAGAAGACGGGUAGCAGUAUGUUCUCUGUCUCUGCCUCAGAGUUGUUUAAAACUUCAGCUGCAUUUAAUACCAGGAAAGCCUCCCAAAAUAAACAAGAUUGCAGGGCCCUGUUCUUUAUAGCUUUAAGGGAAGGGCGCGGAGCACACAUCUGCAGGACCCAUGUCAGCGGCCUCCCGUCGGGGCGGGCCACUACUCGGCGCUUUCAGGAGGACGGUGCCUCGCCACCGCAUGCGUGGCCCCGCUUCUGCACUGAGCCUUUCCCAUCCCACCCUGCACAGGUGGGCGUGUGUGCAGGUCUGAGUGGCAUUUUGUAGCAGAUAGUUUCAGAGCAUCUAACAAGAAGGUGUUUUCUGGAGAGCAGUGACCACCCAGACCUGGAAACUGUCCCCAGGCAUGUGGAGCAAGCCUGUGGCCCUGCACCCCUCCUCACUCCUCUGUCCCAUGAGUGGAGCUAAU